AAGCUUUGUAGUCCUAUUUUAUUUUUAUACUUUGAUAAAAAUAAAAGCGAUUAAUAACAACAUAGAUGGACGUAGCAUCUGUAACGUGGAGGGAAUCUUGCAAGUGGUGCUUUGCCUUUUAUUGAACAAACUUCUUAGCUUGCAUAUUCUAUGUACCUACUUUUGGCACAUUCCUAAAUUUUUUCCAAACUUUCUUCUUUUCUAUGAUUAACUGAAUGUGAACUGAAACAAAAGUUAGUAAGGUGAAUUGUUGACUUACAUAUGUAUAGACUAAAGCUGGAUGCUAUGGGCUUCCCCCCAACCCACCCCUGUAUUUUUGUGUAGACAGUAAGCUUUUAAACUUUAGGAUAAAUAAACAGUCCUCUCUCUUGCCUUCUCCCCAAAGUAGAGCAGAGCUUGACUUAUGUAAGAAAUCAGCACUCUUGAGGUGUCUGGCUGGCUCAGUAGGUAGAGCAUGUGACUCUUGAUCUUGGGGUUGUGAGUUCAAGCACCACAUUGGGCUUACUUAAAAAAAAAUCAGCAUUCUUCAGUGACAUGAUGUUCCUAAAAUGGGAUUGCUAGUCAGCUGCACAUUAAGAUCUCUGAGCCGACUGUGGACAUCACUCAGCAAAGCUUCAAGUUGUUUAUGAAGAAAUUUUGUCAAUUUUAUAGAUACAAACUGUCCCCUCCACUUUUUUAUUUUGAAAAUAAUCAAACCCCACAGAAAAAUGGAAAGAAUAGUGAAACACUCAUAUAACUUUUGCCUGGAAUCACUAGUUCUUAACAUUUUGUUACAUUUGCUUCCUCUCUAUGCCAGUGCCCUGUUUUUAGAGAUUAAGGAGCAGGGGUUUGAACCAUUUUAAAUUAAGUUGUAGGUAUAAUGCUUAAAUAUGUCUCCCAGUAGAUCUCCCAAUAACAAGGACAUCCUCCUACUGAACCAGAAUACUAUUAUUAUCCAUGGAUAAGAUAAUAAUACCUAAUAUAUAGUUAGUGUUCAAUUUUCUCUAAAAUCCCAAUAAUACUUUCUGUAGAUUUUUUUUCCAGAGUCCAGUGUUCAUUCAUUGCAUUUAGUCAUCAUAUGCUAGAAGUUUUCCUGCUUUUCUUUUUUAAGUCUCUCAUGACUUUGACAGUUAUGAAGAUCCCAGACCAGUUGUUUUGUGUACAUAUGCAUUUGUCUUUCUGCACCCACACUGUGAGAUUCUGGUAAGAAUCUGUAUACAGACUUUUGUUCUCCACCUGCUUUUUAUGCAGGUUCAACAUUUUAGUGCUUUAUUUUCUUGUUUUCUUGUUUUGUUUGUAUGUUUUUGUUUUGUUUUUCCUGGGAAUCUGUGGUUUGGCAUGUGGUGUAAAGAAUGACCACUUACCCAGAGAAUAGUAAAACUCCUUAGACUGCAGAAAAUAUCACCGUAAUAAUCUCUGGGAGAGGUAAUCUGUUCCUCUGGAAACAACAUAAUAUUUUUUUUUUUUACACUCUUGGCAGAGGUUUUUGGAUGACUUAAUAUUGUAAUCAAGGGCAAAUUUUCUUCUCUUUAAUUAAGUCCUGCUACAGUAUACAGUCCAGGGAGCCACUUGUGGAAAACACUUGGCCAGCUUUGCUAUCCCCGAGCUGAACGCUUGCUUUUGGAAUCUAAACACUGUAUGUGUGUUCCCUCCACGGCAUUCGGGCUCUCCUUGGGGCAGGAUGCUCCGUUGCGUAGGUGAUGUAUAUUUCGUGUGAAGUGAGCACACCGUGGGAGAGCCGGCAUACAUCACAUGCCGGGAGAGCUAUGCAAGUUUGCUGUGGAAAGUAUGCUUCCUGUGUGUCAGGGCUCCCUCAUAGACCUGGUGACACAGUAGCCUUUAGGCAGAGCUCCUCGGGAUGUGCAGGAAGUGCCGCUACAGGUUUUGUCGGGGGAGAAAUCUGAGCCAUUGCUCUGUGAACAGCUGUGUUUCAGAGCCUGGACAAGUUGCUGUCAACUUUUGCAUGGGCUGCCGGGGUUUUGUGGAAGUCUAAUACUUUGUCAUUAUGAGAUGUCGUCUCUCGGUACCUCCUUUGUGCAAAUCAAAUUUGAUGACUUGCAGUUUUUUGAAAACUGCGGUGGAGGAAGUUUUGGGAGUGUAUAUCGAGCCAGAUGGAUAUCCCAGGACAAGGAGGUGGCUGUAAAGAAGCUGCUCAAAAUAGAGAAAGAGGCAGAAAUACUCAGUGUCCUCAGUCACAGAAACAUCAUCCAGUUUUAUGGAGUAAUUCUUGAACCUCCCAACUAUGGUAUCGUCACAGAAUAUGCUUCUCUGGGAUCACUCUAUGAUUACAUUAAUAGUAACAGAAGUGAAGAGAUGGACAUGGAUCACAUUAUGACCUGGGCCACUGAUGUAGCCAAAGGAAUGCACUAUUUACAUAUGGAGGCUCCUGUCAAAGUGAUUCACAGAGAUCUCAAGUCAAGAAAUGUUGUUAUAGCUGCUGAUGGGGUAUUGAAGAUAUGCGAUUUUGGUGCCUCUCGGUUCCAUAACCAUACAACACACAUGUCCUUGGUUGGAACUUUCCCAUGGAUGGCCCCAGAAGUUAUCCAGAGUCUCCCUGUGUCUGAAACUUGUGACACGUAUUCCUAUGGUGUGGUUCUCUGGGAGAUGCUAACAAGGGAGGUCCCCUUUAAAGGUUUGGAAGGAUUACAAGUAGCUUGGCUUGUAGUGGAAAAAAACGAGAGAUUAACCAUUCCAAGCAGUUGCCCCAGAAGUUUUGCUGAGCUGUUACGUCAGUGUUGGGAAGCUGAUGCCAAGAAACGGCCAUCUUUCAAGCAAAUCAUUUCAAUUCUGGAGUCCAUGUCAAAUGAUACUAGCCUUCCUGACCAGUGUAACUCAUUCCUGCACAACAAGGCAGAGUGGAGGUGCGAAAUUGAGGCAACUCUUGAGAGGCUGAAGAAACUAGAACGGGACCUCAGCUGUAAAGAGCAAGAGCUGAAAGAGCGGGAAAGACGUCUGAGGAUGUGGGAGCAAAAGCUGACGGAGCAGUCCAACACCCCGCUGCUGCCUUCCUUUGAGAUUGGCUCAUGGACUGAAGAGGACGUGUAUUUUUGGGUUCAGCAGCUCGUCAGAAAAGGGGACUCUUCCGAAGAGAUGAGCAUAUAUGCAAGCUUGUUUAAGGAAAACAACAUUACAGGAAAGCGACUGCUUCUUCUGGAGGAAGAAGACUUGAAGGACAUGGGCAUUGUCUCCAAGGGGCACAUCAUCCACCUGAAGUCAGCCAUUGAGAAAUUAACCCACGAUUACCUAAACUUAUUUCACUUCCCACCACUGAUUAAGGACUCAGUAGAUGAACCUAAAGAAAAUGAGGAAAAAAUCGUGAACCUUGAACUUGUUUUUGGUUUUCACUUGAAACCAGGAACUGGCCCACAGGAUUGUAAGUGGAAAAUGUAUAUGGAGAUGGAUGGGGAUGAAAUUGCAAUAACCUACAUCAAAGAUGUGACAUUCAACACUAACCUACCUGAUGCAGAGAUUUUAAAGAUGACAAAGCCCCCCUUUGUAAUGGAGAAGUGGAAUGUAGGAAUAAUGGAAAAUCAGACUGUAGAAUGCACUGUCACAUAUGAGAGUGAUGUUAGAGCUCCAAAGAGCACUAAACAUGUCCACUCAAUUCAGUGGAGUAGAAUGAAACCUCAGGAUGAAGUGAAAGCCGUUCAGCUUGCCAUUCAGACACUACUCCCCAACUUAGAGGGCAGCUCUAGAAGCAGGUCUGACUCAAGUGCUGAUCGCCAGUGGCUGGAUACUCUGAGGAUGCGGCAGAUUGCAUCCGAUACUUCUUUACAACGUUCUCAGAGCAAUCCUAUUCUGGGGUCACAGUUCUUCCCAUAUUUCAAUGACCAGGAUUCCUAUGCUGCUGCCGUAAGGCGGACCCAGGUGCCCAUUAAGUAUCAACAGAUUACACCUAUAAACCAAUCCAGAAGCUCCUCGCCUACUCAGUAUGGACUGACCAAAAACUUAACUUCUCUGCAUCUCAACUCCAGGGACAGUGGCUUUUCCAGUCUUCCAAGUGACAACUCUUUAGAGAGGGGUCGGUACUCAGAGAGAAGCAAAAACAAAUAUGAUCGUGGUAGUGCAUCACUCAAUUCUUCUCCUAGGGGAAGGUACAGUGGGAAAAGUCAGCAUUCCACUCCUUCACGAGAAAGAUAUUCUGGAAAAUUCUACGGGGUUUCUCAGUCAGCACUCAAUACUCACCAGUCGCCUGACUUUAAGAGAAGUCCAAAUGACUGCCACCGGUCCAGGACCAUACCGGGGAUGCCUCUGCACACAGAGACAGACUCAAGAGCCAGUGAAGAGGAGAGCAGAGUCAGCGAAGGAGGAUGGACAAAAGUGGAAUACCGAAAGAAACCUCACAGGCCCUCUCCUGCCAAGACUAACAGGGAAAGAGCCAGAGGAAACUACCGGGGAAGGAGAAACUUUUGAUGAACUGAACUAGAGAAGUUUUCUUAAGCAGGUUUUUUUUUUUCCUUUUCUUUUUUUCUUUUUUAAGAUGUAAUGGAUUUUGAUAAUACC